AAAUGGUCGCAGAUUGAUGACGCAAUCGAUAACUGACGGGAUUUUUUUUUCUAUUGUGUUUACUAGGAAUCUAAACCAGUCGGCAGAAUUAGGGAAGUUUUCUCAGCUUUCCUGCAGUAAAAAUAGCAAAAUGGAGUUUUAUCGGAGUUUAUUGUAAAGCUGUCUAGAGUUUAUUAUAGAUAAUUAACAUGAAUAAAGGGUGGCUGGAGCUGGAGAGCGACCCCGGUCUCUUCACGCUGCUGGUGGAGGAUUUUGGUGUGAAGGGUGUUCAGGUGGAGGAGAUCUACGACCUGCAGAGUAAAUGCCAGAGUCCUGUGUACGGCUUCAUCUUCCUGUUUAAAUGGAUCGAGGAGCGACGCUCCAGGAGGAAAGUGUCUACGCUGGUGGACGAGACCUCGGUUAUCGACGACGACAUCGUCAACGACAUGUUUUUUGCUCACCAAUUGAUUCCAAACUCAUGUGCAACUCAUGCCUUACUGAGUGUGCUCCUGAACUGCAGUGGGGUGGAACUGGGCAGCACACUGAGCCGCAUGAAGGCCUUCACCAAGGGGUUCAGUCCAGAGAGUAAAGGCUAUGCCAUCGGGAAUGCUCCAGAAUUAGCGAAGGCACACAAUAGUCACGCCAGGCCCGAGCCACGACACCUGCCGGAGAAACAGAACGGGAUCAGCGCUGUGAGGACGAUGGAGGCUUUUCAUUUCGUCAGCUACGUCCCCAUUAAAGAUCGACUGUUUGAGCUGGAUGGCCUCAAAGCCUACCCCAUCGACCACGGUCCAUGGGGAGAGGAGGAGGAGUGGACAGACAAAGCUCGGAGGGUCAUUAUGGAGAGAAUUGGCCUGGCGACUGCAGGUGAGCCGUACCACGACAUCCGCUUCAACCUGAUGGCUGUGGUUCCUGACCGCAGGGUGAAGUACGAGUCCAGGCUCGAGGUGCUCAAACACAACCGGCAGAUCGUUCUGGAAGGACUUCAGCAGGCGAUCAAGGCGUCACAGACAGACACAACACAGGAACGCAAGCAGCAGGACUCCUCCUCAGAGGACACGCCCCCAGCUGUCAAAAAGGAGGAGGGGUCACAGACACAGACAGCUCCAGCUCUGCCCACAGACUCAGAUGUAGCGAGUGCUCCUGCAGUGUCCAGCCCCUCAGAGAAACCCAAAGCCACAGUCAAGCCCCAGACUUUGCCUCCAGGGGGCAACACCACUGCCCCCAACCCCAUUGUUCAGCGCCUGCCCGCCUUCCUGGACAACCACAACUAUGCAAAGUCCCCCAUGCAGGAGGAGGAGGACCUGGCUGCAGGAGUGGCUCGUGCUCGUGUUCCUGGUCCUCCUCAGGCCUCAUACUCUGAUGAUGAGGAUGACUUUGAUGAUGAAGAGGAGGACAGGUUCUGCAAAAAAGCAGGUGUCCGUGGACGUGGCGUGGCGCGGAGCAGCGGUGGGGGCGGAGUCUCGGGCGUGGAGGGUCAGCUGGCUUUGAGCAUGCUCGCCGACAGACUCAAAAAGGAGGCCCAGAGAAAGGACCCCGUGCCGACGACGCCCUCACCCGGCUCCUCCGCCCUGAACGUACGCACAGAGGGCAGAACCGGGGGCAUCAGCAUCACGCCCGCCUGCCAGCCCUCGCCCACGCCCAGCAACGAGAGCACAGACACGGCCUCUGAGAUCGGCAGCGCCUUCAACUCCCCGCUGAGAUCUCCUGCACGCUCGCAGGCUGCCACUCGACCCUCCAGCCCCGUGGCCUGCCACCUGAGCCGCGUGCUGUUCGGAGACGAUGACGUCCUGCUGAGACUCGACACUCGACACAACCGCGCCGUCCGAGAGCUCGGAGCCCUGAUCAGCUCCACACAGCUCCAGCUCAGAGAGGAUGGAACCAUCUACACACUGCCAAGUACCGAGGCAGUGUGUGAUGUUGUGAAGAAGGCUGGUGUGGUGGACAGUCAGGAGGCGAGCGAGAGCACAGAGGGAGGAGGUACGGAUGGAGGGAAAGGAGCAGCGUCUCGUGAGCUGAAACAGGAAAAGGAGCACACAGAGACAAGCAAGGACAAGCCGAGCGCAGAGACGGCGAACUUCGCCGAGCCCGAGGCGCUACCCAAACCUCUCGGGGAGAAAUACACACCUAAAGAGUUGUUGGCUCUGCUGAAGUGUGUGGAGGCCGACAUCGCCAACUACGAGGUGUAUCUGAAGGAGGAGGUGGAGAAACGCAAGAAAUACAAGAUCGAUGACCAGAGGAGGACCCAUAACUAUGACGAGUUCAUCUGUACCUUUAUUUCCAUGCUGGCACAAGAAGGUAUGCUGGCGAGUCUGGUGGAGCAGAACAUUUCCGUGCGCAGGCGGCAGGGUGUGAGCAUCGGCCGCCUCCACAAACAACGCAAGCCGGACCGAAGAAAGCGAUCACGGCCGUACAAAGCCAAGCGGCAGUGAACGCACCCUGGAACACCGGCACCGGUCAAUUCUCUGAGAAAAGGUGCUGAAAAACUCUCUAACUUGUAAAGUCAAGACCUAGUGAACAAAUCAGUACAUCUAGGACCUUUGAACACAGCUUAGCUCAAACGCAUCUGUUCAAACCGGCUAGUCUUAUUACGUCUGAAGACUAGUGAAUGUAUACAGACUUGUCAGAUAGUGAAAUAUACUACAACUACUGAUCAAGAUGAGUAUUAAUGAACAUCCUGUGACGUAGAGCGUGUGUGAGCGAACGAGCCGAGAUGUGGUGAAUACACACACUUCUACAUAUACAGACUAGUGCUAGUGAACAUACUUGAAUUUAUUCCCGGUCCUCUGUGAACACAUUUGUACAUCUCUAGCUGUUGUAAGUGAACACAAGCCAAGAUGAGGUGAACACACACACACACACUUAUCAUCAGUGCUUGUGGACCGAUAAUGUGGAUUAUGAAACAGGGACAGUAAAGUUUAGCGCACGUGAACACACCCUGGUUUAUAAGGUUUAACACCUCUAAGCAGCCCAAAGUGCUCUAGUGCUAGUGAACACACCUCGGACGGCCGACAGGACGUGUUCAUCACUGACUAAAGAAAUAAUACAAACGGUCGUCCUGGACGUUAUGGACCGCUCGGAUGUUCUGGAUGAUUCUUAUGUAAUUGCUGGACCAAUCAGAGCUGUGAACACGAGGAGUUCUUUUUAAAGACCUUUGUGCCGGUCACACAUUGAAUAAUCAGUGUUAUGGUGAAAAAAUGCUUCAGAUUUUGACCAAAUUUCCAAAACUAUGUAUUGUAGCAUAAUGCUGCUUUAAUUGUGCAGACAGAACGUGUUUGAGUGUGUGUGUGUGUGAGUUUGUUUGAGAGUGUGUUUGAGUGUGUGUGUGAGUGAGUGUGUGUGAGUGAGUGAGUGAGCGUGAGUGAGUGUGAGUGAGUGUGAGUGAGUGUGAGUGAGUGUGAGUGAGUGUGAGUGAGUGUGAGUGAGUGAGUGAGUGAGUGAGUGUGUGAGUGAGUGUGAGUGAGUGUGAGUGAGUGUGAGUGAGUGUGAGUGAGUGUGAGUGAGUGAGUGUGAGUGAGUGUGAGUGAGUGAGUGUGAGUGAGUGAGUGUGUGUGAGUGUGUGUGAUUUCUUUUCAAUUGUUGCCUCCCUGUACAUAUGCGUGUGUUUCUCUCUCUCUCUCUCUAUCUGUGUGUGUGUACGUGUGUGUGUGUACGUGUGUGUGUGUACGUGUGUGUGUACUUGUCCUUUCUACAUAUCCUCCUAAAUAAAAUAAACAU